AUGAAUACUAAUUUAUUUAAAUCCAUUUUUUUAAUAAUUGCUCUUAUUCCUUCGGCUACUUCUACUAAUAAUUACUCACUACCCCUUCCAGAAACAGAUCUAAAAAUGGGGCAAAAUAGUUCAGAAUUGGCUGAGAGAGAAGAACCAACAUAUUUUCAUGGUGGAUUUGGUGUCACAAAAAUUUCUGUAGAUAAAGGUGAAUUACCAUGCCAAAGAUCCUGCACUCUUUCUUUUCCGGUGUACACGAGUUAUAGUGUACUAGGAUUUUUAGCUUCUGGGGUUUGUACCGGUGGUGGUGACAUUUUUGUAAAUGAUACUAAGGUAUAUUCUGAUUAUUGGUCGAAUGAAGUUAGUCGAAAAAUUUCCUAUUCUCAAUGUGCUACUGGUAAAGGUAUCGCAGAUGUUGAUAUACUUUUACCAUUAAUAGAUACUCCUAAUCAGCCCUCUCUUCCUAAUUUUACAGUUUAUGCUUAUGGGGGAGAUAAUGCGUUAAAUAAUGUUUCUUUCUCUGAUAAUUUAAGUGUGGGGUCAAAUAUUUCCGAAAUUAUUGUUCCUAGACAACCUAAUCAACCACAGGAGGUAUAUACUUAUGGUGGUUUUGAACCAAAUGGACCACCCCGAAGUCGAUUUGACCAUGGAUUUUUAACUCUUGGUGGUUGUCAAGUUAAUCGGGGAGGUACUAACGGUGUUUUUCGUGUUCAACCUUCUCUGGUGGAUCCGAAUGUAAGAGAAAUAAUCCGUGUGGGAACAUCUGGAUCUACGAUCUAUGCUGAAGACUCUGUUCAAGUUCCAGGUGGAUUUGCCGAUGUAAUCGCUGAACAACUUGUUCCUAAUGCCGAAACUCCGGUUUGUUUUUCAGGAAGUUACUCCGGUAAUGUUUGCGGAACAGUUACUGAACCAGAUUAUAUGCGAGAUUUUAACUUGAAUCCGACGGAUUAUUUUCAAGGUUUAAUUAGGGUUCGGUUGGACACUGUUCCUCUUGCCUUCAAUGAUGGUGUGGAUUAUGACAGAGGUGCUCCUGUUUACUUUCCCACUCGUAAUGAUUUUGGUCAAAUAAUCAGGGUUCAACCAGUCGGCAUUUUAAUGGAAAUCACUCAGGAAGCCAGAGUUAAUGAAGGUGUAUGCCAAAUAGAAUAUUAUGCUUAUUGUGUUUCGGUAGAUAGAAUUUUGCGAAAUAGUCAAGAUUUAGAUUUGAUUGGGAUACCUCCUCACCCAAAAACCGAGCAAAUUAUAAACAAAAUCCCUUAUAAACUCCUUAAAUUAGAAAAUAUUCGGAUAACCAGCAAGCAACCAACAAAAAAAGCCAAUCAUUAUCGGGUGAAGUAUUUGGAUAAAUGGCAAAAUAAAGUAUUUCCGCCUCAAGAGGAAUUCGAAAGAGUGGUAAAAAGAGUAAGUAAAAGCGAAAAAAGAACUAAUAUUGGUUUAGCCCCUAAUGCUUCGCCGAUAGAAAAAACUAAGUAUGAUUUUUGUCAAACUAUCGCUCGUUAUCGCCGCGAAAAUAACUUGGAGGAAAGAACUGUCGCUCAACAAUUAGGAAUUACUUCCUCUCGUUUAGAUAGUAUUCUUUAUAGUCAUAUUGACGAGUUUAGUUUGGAUGAGUUAGCCAACUAUGCUAAUAAACUUCAUAUUCACUUUGAUUUAAACUUAAAAGUUAUUGAUUAUGAAAUUAGUCCGUAUUAUGAAAAGCAUAAUGAGGAAUAUUUAGAAAAAUUAAAAAGAAAAGGGAUUAAAUUAUCAGAGAAAGAGUUAGCCGAAAAACUGAUUACUGAUGAUCUGAUUAGGAAAAUAUUGGCUCCUCAAUUGCACACCAAAGAAGUUAAAUUAGAAGAAAUUAAAGUAGUAGUAGGAGACAAAUCCCUAAAAAAUCUCGGUCAUUAUGCCUAG